AUGCCAAACCCCUACGAUAAACCAAUAAUGGACAUAGUGGACUACGUCUACAAGCACACCCUCGACGAAACCGACGAAAAGAUAUGGAGCAGCGCGCGAACAGCCCUCCUAGACGCAAUGGCCUGCGCAAUCUCAACAGCUGCAACAAGUUCCGAAUGCAUUCGACUCCUCGGUCCCGUUGUUGAAGGGACGACUGUACCGGAUGGGUUUCGCGUACCUGGGACGGCGUUGGUGGUUGAUCCAGUUACUGGGGCUUUUGGGAUGGGGGUUUUGAUUCGGUAUUUGGAUUUUAAUGAUGCGCUGGGUGGUGUUGAGUGGGGACAUCCUUCUGAUAAUCUCGCUGCUAUCCUUCCAGUUAUGGAUUGGUUGGCUCGUUCAUCUGCUUCUGGGCGGAGGGUCCAUAAAGGCCCGCCGUUAACGAUGCAGACGCUUUUGAUUGCACUUGUCAAGGCAUACGAGGUACAGGGGUGUUAUCAGAUGCAGAACGCUUUCAAUGCCUAUGGGAUUGACCAUGUAGUUCUCGUUAAACUGGCAUCCGCUGCCGUUGUUUCUUGGUUGCUUGGGUUGAGUGAGGAGCAAGCCAUGGCGACCAUUUCGCAUGUCUGGAUGGAUGGUCAUCCGAACCGGGUGUACCGGGCGGGUGCUAAUACUAUCCCGAGAAAAGGGUGGGCGGCGGGUGAUGCGGCGAGGAGAGCUGUGCAGUUGGCUCUUAUUGUUGAACAGGGCCAGCCUGGGUCGCCCGGUGCUUUGAGUGCGAAGCCGUGGGGGUUCUGGGAGCGGACGUUUGGUGAGGCGGAGUUUAAGUUCCCGCGACCAUUUGGGUCUUGGGCGGUGCAGAAUGUGUUAUUCAAGACUAUGCCCGUAGAAGGGCACGCGAUCUCGGCGGUGGAGGCCGCCAUAUUGCACGCUCGGCUGUUUCGACAAAAGGGGCUGUCCGAUCCUCUUGGGCAGAUCAAACAGAUUGAUCUUAGAACAACUGCAGCUGCGUAUUUGAUUGUGAACAAGCAAGGUACGCUGCACAAUGCUGCUGACCGUGACCAUUGCAUUCAGUAUGUUGUCGCCUUGGCUUUCUUGAAGGAAGGCCCGCCAGAGGCUGCAGACUACUUAGACAAGAGCCCUUGGGCAACCAGAGAGGAGUUAAGAUCGUUGCGAGAGAGAAUCAUGGUGCGUCCUGACUCGAAGCUUACACAGGAUUAUUUUGAUCUGGAUAAGAAGAGCAUCGGCGCAGGAAUGACGGUCCAUCUGGUAGAUGGCUCCUCCAUGCCUGAAAUCUUGGUAGAAUACCCCGUGGGACAUGCACGGCAUCCUCGAACACCGGCAGCGGCACAGAACAAAUUUUUCCAGAACAUGGGGCAGAUGUUCUUAGCAGCGGAGAUCGGUCGCAUAUUGGGGGCGGUUCAAAAGCCAGGUCUGCCAGUCUCAGACUUUGUGGAUCUGUUUGUUCCGACGGGAAAGGCGAGACUGUAG